ACCCCAAACCAGGAGGCAGGAGCCUGUUUUGCCUCCCAGGCAAUAUUUCUGGAGCCAAUCGGAAUGCGCACCCACCCUGCCCCGCUCCCUAAUUAAAGGCUUUGGAGCAGGGCCGCCCGCAGCUCUGGGCACACACUCUUGGGUCGCCUCUCAGCAGGAGCAGAUCGGGGUACGUUGUGGGUAGCGGGGGGUCCCGGGCGGGCUGCAGCCCCCCGAGCGGCAGCGAUGAGCGGCUCCUUCGACAAGAAACUCUCCAGCAUCCUCACUGACCUGUCGGGCUCGCUGAGCUGCCAUGCCUCCUCCAAGGACUCCCCGACGCUUCCCGAGUCCUCCGUCACCGACCUGGGCUAUUACAGCGGCCAGCACGACUUCUACCCCGGCCAGUCCUACGGGCAGCCCGUCGCCCACUACCCCUACCCCCAAUUCAACCUCAACUCCAUCGGCGCCGGCGGAACCUAUUCCCCCAAAUCUGACUAUUCCUACAGCCCGUCCUACCGGCAGUAUGGCCACUUCAGGGACCAGCAGCUCCCGGCGCAGGAUGCAGUGUCGGUGAAGGAGGAGCCGGAGCCCGAGGUGCGGAUGGUCAACGGGAAACCCAAGAAGAUCCGCAAACCCCGCACCAUCUACUCCAGUUACCAACUGGCCGCCCUGCAGCGCCGCUUCCAGAAAGCCCAAUACCUGGCCCUGCCCGAGCGCGCCGAGCUGGCGGCACAGCUGGGGCUCACCCAGACCCAGGUGAAGAUCUGGUUCCAGAACCGCCGCUCCAAGUUCAAGAAGCUCUACAAGAACGGCGAGGUGCCAUUGGAGCACAGCCCCAACAACAGCGAUUCCAUGGCCUGCAACUCCCCCCCAUCGCCCGCCGUCUGGGACAGUGCCUCGCACGGCAGCGCGCCGGGACGGACCCCCCUCCCACAGCCGCUGCCCUACAGCCCCUCGCCCGCCUUCCUGGAGGAGCACAGCCCCUGGUACCACCCGCAGAGCCUCGCUGCCCCCCACCAGCCACCCACCACCAUGCACCACACC